ACACUGAUCAUCUUUUGCUCCAUUAGAUUGCAUUGAUGAGAGAAAGAUUUGGUCUUUAGCAGAGUUUAGGAGGGCAAAAAGAGUUUGUAAAGAAUUCUACUUUGGUUACCAAAAUCCCAUUUCACAGAUACAGAGACAAACAGGGUAGAGAAGCCAUAACUAUAGAGUUUUGUUGCUUAUAUUAACCACCCUUUCACAAGCUUUAACGCCCCAUUUCAGUAGAGGAAAAUUAAUCAGAGAGAGAGAGAGAGAGAGAGAGAGAGAGAGAGCAAAGAAGCAAUGUUUGCAGCUGAGAAUGGACUCAAAAGUGACCCAAGAUUACAAGGCAUCUCUGAAGCUAUCAGGGUGGUGCCUCACUUUCCUAAACAAGGGAUAAUGUUUCAAGAUAUAACAACUUUGUUGCUGGAUCAUAAAGCUUUCAAGGACACAGUGGAUAUCUUUGUCGAUCGCUAUAGAGACAUGAGCAUUUCUGUUGUUGCUGGAGUUGAAGCUAGAGGGUUCAUGUUUGGCCCAGCAAUUGCCUUAGCUAUUGGCGCAAAGUUUGUUCCUUUAAGAAAACCCAGAAAGUUGCCAGGUGAAGUGAUUUCUGAAGCAUAUGAGCUGGAAUACGGAACUGAUUGUCUAGAAAUACAUGUUGGUGCUGUUCAGCCUGGCGAACGUGCAAUUGUAAUUGAUGAUUUGGUUGCUACAGGAGGGACCUUGUCAGCAGCAAUAAGCCUCUUGGAACGAGUGGGGGCUGAAGUAAUUGAGUGUGCUUGUGUGAUUGGGGUGCCGGACAUCAAGGGACAGUGCAGGCUCAAUGGCAAGCCACUUUAUAUCCUCGUGGAGCCACGCCAAAUCGAUAAUUGUUGUUAAGGACAGGUCUGUGAGGAUGACUAUGCGCAGGCCGACUUCGCCGAAAAAGAUGACACCUGAACCAUAGGUGAUGAUGUGUUGAUAUGUUUCUCUGCCAAGUUUCAUGCUGCUGGGCAUACCUCCCUCACAGUGCUCAUCCUGUAUCAUUCUUUUUUCAUUGUGGGAUCUUGAAUCAUAUUUAGGCUGCUAUGACAGUUUUGAAAAAAAGAAGCAGAGACUGUUUUAGAUGUAGUUAAUAAUGAUUAAAUGAUUCAUUGUCCUGGCUUUUCUUUACAGCCCCCUUUAUGUCUCAUGGGAAAUUUGAUGUCUGGCAAUCUAUAUGUGAAACUUUGACAUGGUCUAGAUUUGACA